UGAAUAUAAACAGUUCAGGCCAAGUGUAUGGGAAAGUACAUCAUUAUCAGCAGUUUGGCGCAAGUCUUCUAUUUGGUUGUCUCAGUCUUGUUUAAAAACCUACGCAAAAAGUCAUAAAGUUUGGUUUUAUGUAUCCCGGAUAAGAAGCCGCUGGUGAGCAGCAAAGAUGCCUAACAGAAGUGUUGCCUUCAGUGGCAAGAAAAAGAAAAAGCAGCUGCAAGCAAAACGGGAAAAGAAACAAACGGUGCUCUGCGAAGGUCGUGGGUUUCCAAGAUCGCAGAACAGCAAAGCCCCAGUGGUUUCAGAGGCUAUCUUAGCUAAGGUUCAGGAGGGCAUAGACAAUCCUGCAUCAGAAAGUGCUAAUUAUCUUGAGGACAUUCUAACAAUUAACCAGCAACCAGGAGGAAGAGGGAAUGUGAACAGAUAUAAUUUGAAAUUCCGAAAACAAACUCCAGAGGAAAUUGAAAAGCGCAAAGCACUUCACUAUGCUCCCAUAAAACUUUUAGGAGAAGAGGAGCUGGAGCUUGAGACCGAAUUCUUCUUCCCUCCUGGACUGGACUAUCCUAUGAGACCAGAAUGGAAAAAGAACAUGUCGAAGCAAGAACUUGACCGGAAUGAAAACAAACACUUCAGGCUCUUUUGUGAGAAACUGGAUAAAGAUUUUGCUGAUAAAGACCUCAGUCUGUAUGAACUAAAUCUGGAAACAUGGCGGCAACUAUGGAGAGUGACUGAAAUGUCCGAUAUUUUACUAAUUAUUGUUGAUGCCAGGUUCCCAGUGUCGCAGUUUCCUCCCUAUCUGUACUACCGCCUAGUAGAAGAGGCAAACAAGGGCAUCAUCCUUGUCCUGAACAAGUGUGACCUUAUACCACCUUCAGUCAUAGUGGCUUGGGAGCAUUACUUUCACAAUAAAUUUCCCAAACUCUUAGUAGUCCCCUUCUCAUCCAUGGAAGGUUAUGGACAUCGCCGAGGAAUGCUUAGAAUGGCUGCAGAAGGCUCCUUGAGGCUCGUUGAUGCAUGCGAGAAGUUGAUUCAUGGCUCAGUUGAUCUGACUUCCUGGAAAGAGAAAAUAGAGGAGGAAAGAAAUAUCGACAAUGAGAUGAAUCAAGAAUGUGAAGCAGAGGAAGUCUCAGACAUAGUAAUCAACACCAGACCAGAACAUCAUGAGCGCUACAAGGAUGGAGUCCUUACCAUUGGUACCAUUGGCUAUCCAAAUGUCGGCAAGUCAUCACUCAUAAAUGCACUGAUGGGCAAGAAGGUUGUUAGUGUCAGUAGAACCCCAGGCCACACAAAACACUUCCAGACAAUCUUCCUUACCCAAAAUGUAAAAUUAUGCGAUUGCCCUGGUCUUGUGUUCCCCUCAACUGUAUCAAUGCAUUUACAGGUUCUUUUUGGGAGCUUCCCCAUAGCCCAGGUGCGUGAUCCAAUUGGAGCAGUUAACUAUGUAGCAGCACGGCUAGAUAUUCCAAGCAUUUUGAAGCUUCAGCAUUCAGAGGUACAGAAUGAGACUGCUUCUGAUACGAGUUGGACGGCUUUCUAUAUAUGUGAAGCCUGGGCUAUGAAACGUGGGUAUUACACACGCCGCAAGGGGGCUCCAGAUGUGUCCAGAUCAGCGAAUGAGAUCCUUCGACUGUGUCUGAAUGGCCAUAAAUCACUAGUAUUAUUCAUUAGACCUCCAAGCUACACUCAGAACAAAGGUGAUUAUGAGAACGACCCUCGUGCAGAAGAGAUACGUCAGAUUCAAGGGGUUCAUGCAGCAGUUCAUGAGCCAUCGGUAGAAGAGCCAAUAUUUGAAGAGGAUGAAAGAGAAGGAGAAGACUCAAAGGAAAGUGGAGAGGAAUCAGAAGGGGAAGAAGCAGAAGACUCAGAAAAGGAAGGAGAUAGUGAUGAUGAUGACAAUGAUGAUGAUGAUGAAGAGGAAGAGGAGGAAGGAUGUUCCACUUUUGUGUCUAAUAAGUUUGCUUUAUUGGACAGUUGUGACUGAGGAAAGAAAAUGUAUGUAAUGAAACUACUUAAAUAAAGGAGAGAAAAUGAUA